AAUCCGUUAAUUAUUAAAUAACUUGUAAUUCACCGUUUGUAUUUUAGUUGUGAAUUUUCAAAAUUGUUAUUCUUGUUUGAUACAUUUACUUCGGUCGUUAUUGUUGCUGUUAUUAUUGUUACAAUAUAUUGAAGUUUUCACCGAUCAAACAUUUGUUUUCCAGUAUCUUUUUAGAAAUCGGUGUAAAAUGAUUUUCUAACACUUACCUACCUUUACAUGAUUUUUCAUUAUUUAUAGUUUUAUUUUCAUCGACAAUUUCUUUAAUCUACCUGCAAAAUAUCCAGAACGAGCCAAGUCACAAAUGUAAAAAAAAAAAACAAAAUGUCUUCGUACCACUCUCAUAAAAGUGGUAUGCAAAACGGUGUUGGUUCGCCGUCGAUAUUAAAAAAACGAGGAGUACUCUCUCAAAAUAAUGUGCCUAAACGUUCAGUCCAUUUCAGUCUUUUCAACAACUUAAAAUCAAUGCUUGUUCAAUUUGAUCAAAACAACGUCAAGGACAAAAUACAGUACAACAAUCUUAUUUGUGAUAUAAGAGAUACCGGCGUAGAGAUCAAGGAUUUCGAAUUGGUCAAAAUACUGAAAGACGCCAGGAAUUGUGUCAACAUAUUGAACGAAAAUCUAACGCUAUUCGUCAAAGUCAUAUUGGUAUUGAAAUGGAUGAACAGAAGCGAUGAAGUCAUAAACGAAUACCGUGGAUUUUUGUUGGAAGUUUGUUGUGCUCACAACUACCACACAAAGUUUGCUGUAGAACAGCUUGUAUCGUGUUUUUCCGAAGUUAACACUCAAGAAGUUAAUCGUGUUGAUGGAAUGCCAAGUGAAUACGAAGAAAAAUGUUACCGAAAUGUACACGACACCCUUAGUGAACUACUCAGAAUCAUUCCGUUAGCAAAAGACAUCCUACUGGCGGCGUUGCAGAAGAAAUUUCCGUACAAGAGAAAUAACACCGAAGCUUGUUUGCAUUAUAUUCACAAUUUGUUUACGAUAUUAGAUUACGAACCGUCGCUGCGCAAAAACAUUCUCAGUCUCGUCAUCAAUAGACUAGUAGAAAUUGAUGCUCACGUACCCAGAGAAGAGCUCGAUCGAUUAAGAAAUCGUACAAGCCCCGAACCUGAAGAUAUUUUUGCGAUGGAUAUUGACGGAGACGAUGUUGAGACAAAUCCGGAUAGGCUAGAAUCAGAAUACUUUUCACGGUCUUUGGACAUUUGCAUGCUAAGGAUUUUUAAAUUUCUUAAAUCAUCUUGUCACGACAAGUCCGGAGUUUUAAUAUGGGAUAGCGCUAGAUUGUUGUUUCAAGAUUUGUUAGCAGUUUUCGAAAGUGAAAUAUUACCUACUUACGCUAGUAGUCAUAUUCAAUACGUAAUUUAUUACUUUGUCAGCUUUAAACCGGCGUUGGCCGAGAAGUUCAGUAUUUAUUUGUGGAAGAAAUGUUGUGACGUGACCGCGCCUUCGACUUUACGUCAAGCCGCCGCCGGUUACCUGGCCAGUUUCUUGAGUCGAGCUCCAUUUGUUUCCAUCAACGUUUUAAAAACGAUUUUAGCCGAGUUGACGACGUGGUGUGACGACUAUAUCGACAGAGUAGAUAAGUCUAUAAAAGUAGUCAAUGAAGAACUAUUGCGGUGGCACGCCGUGUUUUAUUCAAUUUGCCAGGCGUUGUUCUACGUAAUAGCUUUUCGACACGAAGACCUAAUGGGCAGCAAAAGAAAUCUUAAAUUUAUGGAAAAUUUAAACCUUUCAAAAAUAGUAACGUCUCGGCUGAGUCCAUUGAGGAUAUGCUGUUCGAAAGUCGCAAGUCGAUUUGCACACAUUACUAAAACCUAUCAACUCACAUACUGUUAUACCGUAAUGGACGGUCACGUGGACAUAACCGAUCGGUCCAUCAAAGAGGAAUGGCUCUAUUCGUUCUUUCCGUUCGAACCCUAUGUUCUUCCGAUAUCAAAGUCUACAGUAGUUCCUAAUUUAUACAGAGAGAUCGGCGUGGAUAUUAAUCACGGUCUGCCCAUUGACGAUGGACAAGAACACGAAUGUAUGGACAUAAGUCCGAGCAUGUUGUCUUCGAGUUCACCCGCACAAACAGAUUGGUUAGGUCGAUUAGCCGAUCGAGAUGAUCUUUGUUAAUUGGCGAUUGAGACGUAUUAAUUUAUUCGUAAAUAAAAAUAGCAAAUUGAA